AUGGUAUCGGCCGAUACUGCACAGCCAGGUAUCGGGUAUCGGCUACAGACACCCAGAGCAGUGUCUCCAGUGCCCAGCUGUGUGUCCAUGAAGAGUGACAAGUCUAUGGGGGACCCUCCUAAUUUCAGUAGGGAACCUCCACAGUCUGACCCAAGGCUACAGACACCCAGGCCGGUGUCUCCAGUGCCCAGCUGUGUGUCCAUAAAGAGUGACAAGUCUAUGGGGGACCCUCCUAAUUUCAGCAGAGACCCUCCACAGUCUGACCCAAGUCUCUUGACCAACGAAGACUUCAAAUGUUCAGUCUGCACAGGUGUACUGAAAGACCCAGUGUCCAUCCCCUGUGGACACAGUUACUGCAAGCAGUGCAUCACCUCAUACUGGGAACAGCCUAGCCAAGCAGGCCACUACGCCUGUCCCCAGUGUCCACGCACAUACAGCUCCCACCCGGCACUCUACUCAAACUCAGCCUUGGCACUGGUGGUCCACAAGCUAGAGCACUUCAGUCCUGUCCUGCCUGCCCAAAGCUAUGCUGGUCCUGGAGAUGUGGAGUGUGAUUUCUGCACCGGGCGGAAACUGAAGGCUGUUAAAACCUGUUUGACCUGCACUGCCUCCUUCUGCGGCACCCAUGUGAAAGAGCACUACACUAUUCCAGCACUGCAGAGACACACAUUAGUGGAAGCUGUUGAAACCAUGGAGGAGAAAAUGGUCCACACUGAAUUGAAGGAGCCUCACAGGAGUGACUCUGGUGAGUCACCAAUUCCCUCAUGGAAGAGACAUCGUCAAGAGGAGGACCCAGUGCUACAUGUCAUGACUGCCAUGCAGCAGGAGAUGCGUCAACUCAAAAGACAAGUCAGAAAGGAGGAGAAAAAUAUCAGGGACCAGCAGCAGGAGCUAGCACAGCAACUGCAGGAGGCACGGGAGCAGCAGCGGAAGCAGAGCAGCAGCAGGAGCUAA